AUGAAACUUUUCAGGCUUAUUCUAUUGACCGUGGGCAGUGGAAUCUGUUCAGCGGAUAAUCCACGAAGAGUGCACUCUCGAUCGUACGGUUGCGGUACCAAUGUUGGGACUAAGAACUCAACAACUUCUGAAGGCGAUCAUGAUUUCAUCAUUGUGGGAGGUGGUAUAGCAGGGGUAACGCUCGCCAAUCGUUUGACUGAAAGUGGAGGUAUCACAGACGCCCUAUUUCUACAUCCGGGUGAAAGGGACCAGGGCGAAGAUUUCAUCACCACACCCGGUAUGGUGGGCUCCGGCGUUGGAACCAAAUAUGACUGGAACCGCACCAGCACGGUUGGUAGCGUUCUUGGAAGAAACAUGUCUCUUCCCAUGGGUAGAGGUGUAGGGGGAGGCAGUCUGAUCAAUCAGAUGGUGUUUACCCGAGGUACAAAAGGCGACUUUGAUCGCUGGGAGACCCUAGGCAACGAUGACAUGAACUGGGAUGGUAUGGUUGAAUUUUUCAAGAAAAGCGAGAAUUUCACUUCGCCUGUAUCCGACAUUCUCAGGGACUUCGACGCCAUGUGGGAUCCGGAAGUCCACGGCUUUGCGGGAGCGGUAAAGUCUACAUAUUCUCCGUUCUUCUGGCCAUCCACCAUCAACCUCGUAGAUAACAUCGUCAACGCCACUCGCGAACUUGGCAUUCGAAACCUUCGAGACGGCCAGGGCGGUGACGCCGCCGGCGGGUUCUUCUGUCCCAAGACUCAGAGACCCGUCGAGAACACCAGAAGUUCGGCGAGAGCUGCCCACUACGAUCAGGCUGCGCCGAGACCCAACUUCAAGUUGGCCGAAAACGCCCACGUAACUCGGAUUGUUGUCGAAGGGGGCAAAGCCGUGGGGGUUGAGUACGCUACCUCUGUUACCUCUAAAAAGAUAACAGUUAGAGCCCGCAAGGAAAUCAUCCUGUCCGCGGGUGCCUUACACACGCCGCAAAUCUUGCAGUUAUCUGGCAUUGGAGGCGCUGAGAAGCUUGCUUCUCUCAACAUUACGCCAGUCGUUGACCUUCCUGCUGUCGGACAAAACCUACAAGACCACCCCCUCCUCGUCGCCGUCUUUGGAUUGAACGUUCCGCUUUCCUCGGCAAACCUGACAUCUAACCAAAGUUACGCAGCAGAGAUGGCCAACCUCUAUCGAACGCAGCGGGUCGGACCCCUGGCGAAUCCUGGAGGUGAAUAUAUUUUGUUCCUGCCUCUGUCAAACAUUACGACCAAGGCGUCCGGGAUGGCGCAGGAGGCCUACAUUCAGAACCCCGCCGACCUCCUGUCCGACGCACCCGAGGAGGUCCAACAUGGAUACACUAAGCAGCAUGAACUUCUGACUCAAGGGCUCACAUCGGACGUCAUGACGCCUCUCGAGGUGUUUUGGAACGAUGGUACUAUCGUUCUUGGUCUCGAGCAUCCCUUCUCCCGCGGCUCCGUUAACAUUGUCUCGGCUGACCCUUUUACGGCCCCAAACAUCGACCCCGGUUACUUGACGAACCCCCUGGACAUGGCCGUCCUAGUGGAAGGGAUACGCUUUUCCAGACGUAUAAUGGCCACGACGGCCAUGGCUCCAACCUCGGCUGUCGAGGUACUGCCGGGAGCCAAUGUCACUUCGGACGCCGACAUUGAGUUGUACAUCAAACAGAACUUAGCUACAUUUGCGCACUACGCCGGCACCGCCACUAUGGCUGCCCGUGAGAUGGGAGGCGUCGUCAAUUCGUCUUUCAAGGUCUACGGUGUCGAGAAUCUGAGAGUUGUCGAUGCCAGCAUCAUACCUCUUCUCCCAGCCGCCCAUACAAGUUCCACAGUUUACGCGCUGGCAGAAAAGGUACUUUCAUCUCUACAUCCGUUGGCACGCUGCUUCUUUGACUAA